AUGCCCCCUCUUACACAACCCUCCCCAACAGCUGUCGCACAACCCAAGUUCAACCGAUUGCCCGAUUUCUAUGAUACGCGCCUCAAUCUACUGAUUCUCGGAUAUAUCCGACCGGAAUACGACUAUGUCUCUGUUGAGGCCUUGAUUGAGGAUAUUCGAGUUGAUUGUGAAGUCGCGCGACAGUCUCUUCUUCGAGAUGCUUAUAAGCGGUAUCUCGUUGAUGAUGGGAAGUCGCAGGGCACAAAUAGUGAGGAUCGGAUUUGGUUGUCGAGUUUUUAA